AUGCCGCCCAAGAGGUGGUCGAAGGUGAUCUUCGCUGCUGCUGCUGCCGCCAGUCUCACCGCAAGCUGGCGCUCCUCGACGACGCUGACCAUGGCUGGUGGAAUGCCACCAGUGCAGGAGCGUAUCUUCAUGGUCACCGGGGCCACGGAUGGCAUAGGCAAGUUCACAGCAGAGCAGCUGGCGAAGCUGGGCUCCACAGUUAUCAUCCAUGGGCGCAAUCCUCGGAAGAUCGAGGCAACGAUCGCCGAACUGCAGCGCCUGGCGCCCAAAGCCACGCUGCACGGUGUCCAGGCUGAUCUCAGCCUGAUGUCGGAAGUCCGGCGGUUAGGUGAGGAAGUCGCCGAUAAGUUUCCAACAAUCCACGGCCUGCUGAACAACGCAGGCACAUUCGACGGCGACUACACAGGAAGGCGGGUCGAGACGGCCGAGGGGAAUGAGUAUUCCUUGGCAGUUAAUGUCAUGGCGCCCUUUCUGCUGACGUCGCUUCUUUUGAAGACGGUCAAGUCGUCAGGCGCAGGACGAAUUAUUGUUACAUCUUCGGUGUCGAAGGGCAGCGGUGAUGCCUUGAACGACCUGCAGCUGCAGUCUGGGUGGUCCGGUCACAGGGCCUAUUCACUCAGCAAGCUGUGUGAUGCCAUGAUGAUCGUCGAAAUGGACCGUCGCUAUGGGGAUGCGCCGAGGCUGUGCUUCCACACCAUGGACCCCGGCACGGUGGACACAAAGAUGCUUCGUGCUGGCUGGUGGUCUGGGGGAAGUUCUGUGCGCACCGCCACGAAGUCAUUCCGCAUGCUCACAGAGGAUUCGUACCAAGCGAGCUCCGGGCAGAGCCUCGGAGGGGGCGAAAUCUCGGACAACGGCAAACGUGCCAAACUCUGGCAGGACGUCCAGGGCCGGGGCUUUUUGUCUUCCAAGCUGGAGACUUUGAAGGCUCUCAACAGCAUGUGCUUCUCUUUGACCUGUUCGGACAAUGGUAACCUGGCAGACCUGGCAAUCAAGCAAUGCCUUCAGGACCUGGUUGCGCUGACGGGUGCUGAGUGGAUUUGCAGGGGUGUCAAGUCCAGCCUCGCCGGCUGCUUGCCUGGAAUCACCGCAAAGGCUUUGAACAAGCUCUUCCAGCAGAUCUACGAGCGAGCUGACGAAGAUACGCGGAACCGUCUUGCACCGGCCUCGGAUGCUUGGGAGAUUCCCAGGGCAGCACAAGCGCAGUGGCAUGUAAGAGAAGUCGCUGUGCUCACGCUUUCUGAUCUGGCAGUGUCUUGCAGUCGGUCAACGAACUGGGGCGAGGUUGCCUCGAACGACUACGAGGGCAAAGACAGGCCGACCCCACCAGAUGGGCAGGAGUGGAGGGACUGGAGCGGGGUAUGGCUAGAGUCGCCUCCUCGAGAUGAGCCGAGAGGUCACUGCUGGAUCAAGCCAGCUAUGGCCAUCGGACUCGGCUCUUUCGCCGGCGUGUGCAAGCGCAACGUCCAGGUUCGGGCUGAACAGAGUUCACAGAUGUCACGAAGCCAUUCGCAAGUUUCUGCUGCCGAAGCACUGCAGGUCUUUCUUGAAGCUUCUGGCGGUGUCCAUCCUCGCGACAAGCCUGAUCGCUGGUUGACCGGGAAGGUCUGCAGAACUGGUCUCAAGAUCAGCAUGAUGUACAUCGCCAAAGAAGAGAUACUUCGUUGCAGAUUCUGUGGCGGCCCAGAAAAAGGCAAAGAGGUGCGCAUCAAGCUCCCACCGGACGCGGUGGCGAAAGUCCGGCCUGAGGAGGUCAGUGGUGGGGAGGUACUGCAGCUUUACGUUGAGGCCUCUGGCGGUGUUGACCCACGUGAGCAGCCCGAGGGGACUUGGGUCAACGCUCUUUGCCCAUGCUGCAAUGGCGGCCGCACGCGCGAGAUUAGUUUCAGCAUGCUUUACAAGCAUGCCAGCCACCGCAGACUAGGUGGGAUGAUUUGCAAAUGUUGGCGGCAGAACAAGUGCGGAGAGACAUGGUUUAUCCCUGAUGAGAAGCUUUUCCAGAACGGUAUGGCAAGAAGAACAAAGCCAACCGUGGCAAGCAAAAAGCCAACAGAGUCGGUGCCCCAUCUGGAUUUAGCUGGUAACAUGGAACUGCAGCCGUCGGAUCGUGAAUACCUGCUGCACGAUCGAAAGAUCCCGGAAGAAGUUGUGGAUCGGAAUGGAAUUUACUCCAAGCCGCUCAGAGGGAAGGGCACAGCGCUGGUUUUUCCCUACCGCGUCGGUGACAAGAUCGUUGCUGAGAAGUGCCGGAAACGUCCCAAAAGCUUCUUUCAGUCCAAAGGUGGAUGUGCAUGCCUGUACGGGGUGGACGAUCUGCUCGGAGAGCCGGUCAUAGUUAUCACAGAGGGCGAGAUCGACAAGCUCUCCGUGGAAGCAGCUGGAUACAGGGGAUGCGCUUCACUGCAGAAUGGCUGCGCAGGAGGCAUCUCCCGGAACUACGGGGCCGGCGAGGCCCUAGACAGCGCUGAGAAGAUCAUUCUGGCCCUCGAUGGUGACAACGCUGGACAGGCAGCACUGCAGAAGUUGGCCAACGAACUCGGCAGACACAGAUGUUACAGCGUGAACUGGCCCGACGGUUGCAAGGAUGCCAACGAUGUCCUUUGCAAGCACGGUGCUAACAAGCUCAGGAUACUCUUGGAUGAAGCAGAGCGGCUUCCACCUCCGUGCCUGAAGCACAGCUUUCAGGACGAGGAGAUCCUUCAAUACAUCAACGAUGUCGUCACAGGUGCCGUCGACCCGACACACCGGUCGGGUAUUUCCACAGGCUGGUCUGGACUGGAUGGCUUCUACAGAGUGGUGCCUGGAGAGGUCACGGUCAUCACGGGCAUCCCCGGAAGUGGGAAGACAGAGUGGCUUUUGUCGAUGGCCGCUAACAUCGCCCAUCGGGAGGACUGGCGCAUUCUGCUGUUCACUUUCGAAGCGAACACCGACACCUUGGCUGUUCAGAUGUCGCAGAAGCUGAAAUACAUGAUCCCGGAGCUGUCCCAACAACAGGAGACACAGCCCGGCUGCAUGCAAGAGGACAUGACUGCGUACAUGAACUGGAUGGACGACCACUUUGAAUUUGGCGUGGACAGCUUCGAGAACCUGAGCGUGGAUCAAAUUGUGCAGAAGAUCGAUGAAGUCAUUGCAGAUGGGGGGCUGCAAGGGGUCAUUAUUGACCCGUACAACUUCAUCGAGCGGCCGUCCGGAAAGAAUGACAACGAACACCACUUCGUCGGAGCUCUGAUGCAGAGGUUGCGAAAGGUGGCUAACGACAAGAUGAUCCACGUCUGGAUCGUGGCGCACCCCACGAAAUCUGCACAAUGGAACAAUGUGAGGCCGAACAUGUACAACAUUGCCGGCAGCUCCAACUGGUUCAACAAGACCGACAUGGGCAUUAUCGUGGACAGGAGAAGCUUUGAGACGGACGAUGGUGAAAGCGUCCGGUCGGACCAGGUCGAGAUCAUAGUUGAAAAGGUACGCAAUCGAGAGGCGGGAAAACUGGGAAAAGCGCUGCUGCUUUUUGACAGGGAGAGCCGAAGCUACCAGGAUGCCACCCACCUCCUGCCGCCCUUUGGCUCUCAGGCUCGGAAGGCGCUGACAGGCCGAAGCAUGUUUCCCGCUGAACCGGUUUCGGUCCAGUCUUUCUCUUUCUUGCUUUUUUGGGAAGUCUGGUCGUCAGCCACAUCCGCUGCGGAAGUCACAGUGAGAAGUGGUGUGCACAUCCCAGGAAGGAUGAGGAUGAGUUUGACAAAGCUCGACCAAGGGCACCCAAGGUACCUGUCAGCGCAGCCCGAAGAGCAGCCAGGCAUGCUUUUUGCAGCACAUCCAACAUUCCAUGCCUUUGUCGAAUAG